GGGCCACCUGGAGGCCGCAGGCCACUGCUGUGUUCUGAGAGAUGCGUCCGACUUCGCGAGCCCGGCGGACGUCGCAGACCUCCUGGAGGCCCAGCACUUCGAGGGGGCGCUGGCUCUGCAUCUGCACCGGAGCGGCCGCCUCCUGCAAGGUCACGGGGUCCCUUUCGGGGUCAUCUUUGGCGGCACGGAUGUAAACGAAGACGCCGGCCAGGAAGAGAAGAAGGAAGUGAUGGGGAGAGUGCUCCAGGAGGCCAGGUUUGCGGUGGCGUUCACAGACUCGAUGAAGGAGACGGUGCUGACGCAGUGGCCGCACGCUAAGGGCAAGAUCUAUGUGCAGAGUCAAGGAAUUGCAACAACGCCAAAUGCCGCCUUCGACUGGAACAGCUUCCUAGAGCGUGCAGAGAUCCACCAGAGCACUGAGAACCUGCACGUGUUCCUCCUUGUGUGUGGGCUCCGGCGCGUGAAGGACCCUGUGUACCUGCUGGACGCAUUUUCAGAAUGGCACCAAGAAGAGCCCAACGUUUACAUGGUGAUUGUGGGUCCGGAAGGCCCGCGGGGUGCGGCUGCUCGGAGAGAUGCCGCAGGGGGACCUGCAUGCGGCCCUGAGGCGCUGCUGCGCACUGGUGAACAGCUCCGUGUCGGAGGGCAUGUCGGCCGCCAUCCUGGAGGCCAUGGAUCUGGAGGUCCCCGUGCUGGCCAGGAACAUUCCCGGGAACGCCGCUGUGGUGACGCAUGGAGUCACGGGGCUGCUGUUUGCAGACCCACAGGAGUUCGUGUGCCUGGCCAAGAGACUAGUGCGUGACCCUGUGCUGGAGAAAGCGCUUGUGGCCAACGGAAGGGACUACGUGAGCAGGCGGCACUCCUGGGCAGUGGAGAGAGACACCUACCAGCACCUCGUUGAGAAGCUCGAGGGGCACGUGGAGGAGUGAGGGGGCCAUGCGGGCAGCCCCUGGGGACAGCGAGUCCACGCCCUCCCUCCUGUGCACACCUGCACCCUGGAGGUGUCAGCCUAGCCUGCUGCUGGAGGUGCUCGGGCUGGGCCAGGCGGGUGGGAGCCGCUUCACUUCUGGGGAGACCUGGGCUACUGUAGCUCAGACCCCGGCCCUGUCUCUGGGUGACCGGCACCCACCAUGCCAGCUCCAUCAGCAGAAGCCGCACUCGGGGAGAGGCUGCAGAGGGGAACCACGGACAAGUGCCCCGCAGGUCACCGACCUCAGCCUUGUGGAGGGCCGAGCGCGGCACUCCAGGGGACGCUGGUCCUGUGAGUGGCGAGUGCCGUGGCCCCUGCCUCUCGAGAUUCAGGGCUGGCAGGGGAAGUGCCCUGGUACCGGUUUUGUUCAGACUCGGGGAGCCGGGAGAGGCGAGGCCCAGGGCACCCUUCCAUGGGGCGACUUCUUGCUUCUACCUCAUUCUGACAACGCAGCAGAACCAGCAUCUUGCUUUUAGAGGAGCAGCCUCCAGUCACCCCUGGAUCUUGGAUGUCUUGGGGAGCAGGCACUCUGGAUUCCAUACCAUGCAGCCCUCGUCCUGCACUGGGGUUGGGGAUGGUUGCCUUCCAGGAAGGUGAGCACAGGCCUCACUCCUCCUGGCAGGGUGAUGCUCCUUCCUCUCGUGGCUUCAGGGCUGGCACAGGAGGGAGGCACAGGGCCUCGGUCCUAGGAGGUGGCUCCUGAGUCUGGAGUCGCCAAGGCCACCCUAAGAGGAGCUGCUGCUAAGCCAGUGUCACUGGGACCCCACCCCCAUGCUGCUGUUGUUUAUCUCCCAGAGGACGGGACAGCGGCUGAGCUCACCAUGCCUGGCGGCAUUGCUGGCUGCCUCCUUUAUGAAACCUGCACAUGCCCAGUGCAGUCCCUGGAAGCGCAGGGUGGAGGUGAAUAAAGGGUGUCUCUGUGCGCUCAUAGAA